AUGAGAUCCCUUCCAAUCCUCUUCCUGUUCGAUCAUCCUGCCGCCAAUUCUCAGAACGGGCUUGAUUCCAACAACCCGAAAAUGCACCGGUCAGUCCACCCAAGCACUGCAGCCAUUUUGGUGACUCUUGGGGCAGUUCUCUGCUUAGUUAUGCUUCUCCUCGUCAUUGUGAAAUUCUGGUGCACGAGGCCUCUCGAUCGCUUACUCCGCAGCAUCAGCGAGCUGAUCAUGACCGACUCCCAAGGGAGAAUGGUCCGAUUGAGGUCCACAAGGCUCUCUGGGCUAGACAAAAGAUCCAUCGAGUCACUCCCCCUCUUCAGUUUCUCAUCAAUUAAGGGCUCAAAAGAAAGCCUUGAGUGUGCGGUUUGCAUUUCAAAGUUCAAGGAUGCAGAGUUCUUAAGGUUGUUGCCUAACUGCAGGCAUGCGUUCCACUCAAAGUGCAUCGACCGGUGGCUCGAGGGCCACUCUAGCUGUCCUUUGUGUCGGUCAAAGUUUGAACCCGCUGAUCUCUUGAUGUCAAGAGCACAGGGUUCAGAUCAUGAGAUCUUCAUCCAGAGGGAACAGCUAGAUCUCACAGGAUCAUCUAAUAUUGAGAAAGACGAUCCUUGAAACGUUGUUGAUGUUCGCAUAUCACCAUUGCACCGAUUGAAACACGAGGCCAACACAUCUGAUAUAAUGAUGAAGAACCAAUGGAGUGACCCGAGCACUUCGGACCUCCUGUUCUUGAGUUCCGAGAUGCUUCUCUUGUCAAGGAACCAAUUCUCAGCCUCUGAAUCGGGCAAUGGAGUUGAACGUGUUGAUGAUGAUCUCAAUCCAAAAAGACAGAUUCUAAACAGAAGUUACUCUUCUAAGACCCCGUUGAGGCUAGUAAGUAAAACCGGGGGACGGAGGUCACUGUCAGAGAUCUUAUCUGUCCCAAGGUUCGAGUCCGGUACGAAAAACCAAGAUGCAGAGUGGGUUCCUUCUGACUGA